AUGAACGAUUCUCUAGACCACCAAGAGGAGAAUGGUAUUAUUGACUCCGACAAAGUGAUAAUUCCAAAUAGUAAUUUCAUGCGUCAACAUCGUGAUGUUCAAUCAGAGAAAUUUUACCAACCUGAGAACGACAGUAACAAAAAUUAUCACAGAAUUUAUAAACGAGCAGUAACUGAUAUCCACAGCAAUAUUAGUAGAGUUAUGCACAAUUAUAAUGAAACAAGAAAUAACUCUAAUUUAAAUCCUCCUUAUGCAGUUUUUCCAGAAAUUUUAGUAUAUGUAGAUAAAACUCUUCUACGACAGUUCGGUUACGAUUAUGUCAAAACUGUUGCUUAUAUCCUAACUCUAUGGAAUGGAGCUGAUCUUAGUUUCCGAGAAUUGAAAAAACCUCAUGUCCGUUUAAACAUUGCUGGAAUUGUUUUAUGUUUGGAUCAAAUUGUACCAAUUAAUCAGUUUGUAACACGUGAUACAUUACAAAAGUUUAGUACAUUUAUGUAUAAUGAAGACCAGUUUGUACUCAAAAGGGAUUACGAUAUUGCUGUUUUGAUGGGUACAGAUCCAGAUCUUCAUGAGGCCGAAAUUGACAAUACUAUAUUCUCUGGAAUACACACAGCUGCACGUGAAUUAGGUCAUUUGUUUGGAGCACCUCUUGAUGGUGACUCUUCAGUUAAAACUUUGUUGAGUGCACCAGAGGCAGCAGAUUGUUCUUUUGAAGAUGGUUACCUGAUGAGUAAUAAAAGUUUUGAUCAAAAACAAUUUUACUUUUCCACCUGCACUAAAAAGAUAAUGACCUACUUCUUUAGGCAAAACAGUUCUAGUUGUUUUCAUAAUAAUCCAAAACUUAAGAGAAAUGAUAAACAAAUAUUAAGAAUAUUGCCUGGUAAACACAUGACAUUAGAUCAACAAUGCCAAAAAAGGGGAUACGCCAAAGCGUAUGAAGUAAAUCCUGGUAUUUGCUCCAAUAUAACAUGUUUAGUGGACGUUAAUAAAUUUCAAAGAGAAAAAGCAACAGUUUUUGUAGCAGCACUCGAAGGAACUCCAUGUGGUACUGAUAAAUUCUGCAUAAGAGGGGAGUGUGUAGAAGUAACAUUCAUAAAAAGAAGAAAAGAUUUAGAUGCUAGUAUAUUAUUUCCAUCAAAUUUACUCGAUCUUAAAUCAUCUACUGCAUCUUCUGAAGACAUAACUGUUCCCUCAGUCGAAACAACAUCUCACAAUACAAUAGCCACUUUGAAUCAUACUUCUGAGAUCGACACAAAUUUAACUGAAAGUGCUACAGCUAAAGUUUAUACUUUGCUUACUGCUCCUUCAAAUAAUACAACUACUGCUUCAGAUGAAAUAACAUCUCAUGAAUCGACAAACAGUUUCCAUAGUACAACAGUGCAAAAUAAUGUCGCAAAUUUAAAUAAUCUAACAUCUUUAGCAUCUUCUGAAGAAGUGACUGCCCCCACAACCGAAACUACAUCUCAAAAAACAAUAGCAAAUAUGAAUGAUACUUCUGAAAUCGACACUAAUUUAACUGACUGUGCAACGUCUUCUACAUUGCUUACCGAAACUACUAAUGGCACAAUGGCACCUUCAGUCGAAGUUACAACACAUGAAUCAUUAAACAACAUCGAUGGUAUAACAAUAGGAAAUAACGUCACAAAUUUAACUGAUCUUACAACUUCUACUGCAUCUUCCAAAGAUGUAACUGCUCUCUCAGUCGAAACAACAUCUUACGAUACAGUAACAAAUCUAAAUGAUACUUCUGACAUCGACACAAAUUUAAAUGACAGUGCUGCAACUACAAUUUCAACUUUUCUGACUGCAUCUUCUGAUGAUACAACUGUUCCCUCAGUUAAAAUAACAUCUCAUGAGUCGACAAACAGUUUUGAUAUUACAACAGUGCAAAAUAAUGUCACAAAUUUAAAUGAUCUAUUAAGAUCUUCAGCAUCUUCCGAAGAAGUGACUGCCCCCACAACCGAAACUACAUCUCAAAAAACAAUAGCAAAUAUGAAUGAAACUUCUGAAAUCGACACUAAUUUAACUGACAGUGCAACGUCUUCUACAUUGCUUACCGAAACUACUAAUGGCACAAUGGCACCUUCAGUCGAAGUUACAACACAUGAAUCAUUAAACAACAUCGAUGGUAUAACAAUAGGAAAUAACGUCACAAAUUUAACUGAUCUUACAACUUCUACUGCAUCUUCCAAAGAUGUUACUGCUCUCUCAGUCGGAACAACAUCUUACGAUACAGUAACAAAUCUAAAUGAUACUUCUGACAUCGACACAAAUUUAAAUGACAGUGCUGCAACUACAAUUUCAACUUUUCUGACUGCAUCUUGUGAUGAUACAACUGUUCCCUCAGUUAAAAUAACAUCUCAUGAGUCGACAAACAGUUUUGAUAUUACAACAGUGCAAAAUAAUGUCACAAAUUUAAAUGAUCUAUUAAGAUCUCCAGCAUCUUCUGAAGAAGUAACUGCCACCACAGUCAAAACAGCCUCUCGAGAUACAAUAGCAGAACUGAAUGACACUUCUGAAAUCGUCACAAAUGUAACUGACAUCGCUACGUCUUCUGCAUUACUUACUGAAUCUUAUAAUGACACAAUGGCACCUUCAGUCGAAGUUACAACUCAUGAAUCAAUAAACAAUAUCGAUGGUACAACAGAACGAAAUAACGAAGUUCCUGUUUUGUCCUCAGAAGUUCAUUUUCAAUUAGACUAUAAAGAAAGCAUAAAUGCUAAAACAUUAAGUGGCUUAGAGAAUUCAGUUUGGAAAAAUAUGAAAGCGUCUCUGUCAAUGGUUAUGUCCACUAUGACUAUGAUUAACGGUGUUUCUCAAAUGAAGGAGAUCGUCAAGAAAGGAAAAAAUAAAUUAUCAUUCUCUGCUUGUAAUUAAUAAUAAAUAAGAACAAUAUGAAAAAGGAACAAUACAGUGGACUCCGCUUAUAACAAACUUCAAGAGACCGUUGAAAUUUUUUCGUUAUAGCUGAAGUUCGCUAUAAACGAAGUUAAUUAACAUACACGUUUAAUUAAGGGGUAACACUACCCUAGAGUCAGAAAAAGAGACCUAUAUCUUUGUUGAUUUGUUUUGAGAAAAUGGAAACUAGAAUAGGAUUUCUUUUUGGAGGGUUUAUUAAAUACAUAUUGAAAAGUAGAAAAAAAAUGUUUUUAAAAAUUUUAUAACAAAAUG